UCAAAGCCGGAAGUGCUGGCGGAAAAGUAACCAUCUUCACGGAAACAUUGUAUCCCAAACUGUGUGGUUUUGGAUUGGAUGUGUUUUUAGAAGGUCUACGAGUACCUUGUUUUUGUUGUGUGUAAUGGGUGGAUAUGGGGUCAUGGCUAGCGAGGAGUCAUUGGAUUAUUCCGUGCACGAAGCAUGGAAUGAAGCGACUAAUGUUUAUCUUCUUGUUAUUUUGGUCAGCUUCGGUCUCUUGAUGUACGCGAGAAAAAACAAGAGGAAGAUCAUGCGCAUUUUUGCACUGCCCCCCACCGCCGGGACCACUCCAGAGCCGAAUUUCUACGACAGUUUGCAGAAAGUGAGGUUGCGACAACAGCUUGAGAUGUACUCCUAUUCACGAAAAUAUGACCAAGCUCAGCAGGGUCAAACAGAUAGUGUACAACUCUCCAUGGAGUGAAAAGUGGCCGUUGGCUACACAUCCCACAUAUGAAAUCAAGUCACACAAGCGCAGAAAAUGGACCAAGCAUUUCACUACCGGGUGAAGGGACUCAGAAGAUACACACCAUUGACUAGGAUAGUCAUGGUAGUACACCCAUUUGAGACAAUUGCACAACUGGGUAAUAGCCCUACUGGAAGGAGUUCAAUUGAUUAUUAUAAUCCUUAGUAGUGUGCAUGCAUCUGUUGCAGCUGAUGUAGACAGUCAUGUUUGAUUUUACAUUAAUAUAGAUAAUAGCCUGGUGAUGCGGAAGUCAAUUGUGAAUUUGCCUCCCUCUAGUGGCCGUGAAUAUAAUUGCUUCACUAAACUGAAUUCAUGCUUUUUCUUCUCCUGACUUUCGACAGUGAGGGAGGGCUGGACUCGCCCUAGUUAGAGGUAAUGCAAGUGCAGUUAUGUGACUUUUUAAAUUAAAAAUAUAUGUAUGA